AUGUCGUUUUACUUCCAGCCCCCCGUCUUCGCCGUCCAGCCGACAGCGUGCGUCCAAGCGGUCGUCUGGGCGCCAGCUCCCGCAGCUGUACCCGCGUACUGCGCGGUCGUGCAGCCGAUGCCAGCGCCGGCCGUGGUGUACACGACGACGACGCCCGUCAUCCAAGUGUACACCGCACCCAUGGUAAGUGCCGCCGCCGCCCUGCCCGAUGGCCAGCGCCCCGGCUUACGCAUCAGAAUCAUCUUCUACGGCCACGGGCCGGGGCGUGAAGCCCCGCGCAGCCUGUGGUGCCGCGCGGCGGACGCGACGUACCCCGGGGCACCGACGGGAUCGCGGCUGAGGGACGACAUUGCCCGCCUGGCAGAGGUCCAGAACCUGGCGCAGCAGGGGUGGCGGCGCGCCAGGAUCGUCGUCGCGGCACCGGGGUCGGCGGCGCCGGUGAUUGCCGCCGAGCUCGGGCCCGUCCUGGGCGACGACGUGGUGCGCGUGCUGGAGCUGCAGAGGGACGCGGGCGCCGACGAGGAUGCCGCGGAGGCGGAGCGCAACCGCGUUUUGCAGACGAGCUUGGCUGGCGGGCAGGCCGUCUUCCUGACCGUGUGUAUGGACGACGAGGCCGGAGCAGGGCCGAGUGCUCCCUCGAGUUCGGGCGGCGGCCAUGUGCCGUUGCUGAGCGCAGAUGUCUAG